AUGCCUCAGUCAUUCUAUGAAGAAGCGUACCUUAUCCACAAGAUUGUCUUUGGGGCAGGCUUUUUCUUUUUUUUGCUUUUGGUGGUCAUCGUUGUCAGAAACCGAGCCCAUCGUCUACCGCUGCCUCCCGGGCCCAAGGGAUACCCUCUGAUAGGGAAUGCAUUGAGCCUCCCCUCGGAAAGGCCUUGGCUCACGUAUUGCCAAUGGAGCAAGCGCUUUGGUAGUGAUGUUAUUCACUUAUCUGCUCUAGGACAAUCAAUCAUCAUCCUCAAUUCUGCUCGAUCUAUUUACGACCUUCUGGAGCGUCGAAGCGCAUUGUACUCUGACCGUCCAUCGACGGUCAUGGCAGGCGAAUUAGUUGGUUACGGAGAUAGUCCCGCCUUCAUUUCGAAUGGUCCUCGUCAUCGGACCUUCCGUCGCCUGUUUUCAGAAGUGUUGAUCCCUAGAAGGGUAGAGGAAUGGCGACCAUUGCAAGAGCAAAAGAUUCAAAUCCUAGUGAGAGGAUUAACGGAAACACCCACAGCAUUUCGUGCCCAUAUUCGGAAAUACAUCGCGAGUCUGGUGUUCGAAAUAUCCCAUGGGCAUAUCGUCGAAGGUGACGACGAUUACUUUAUUCGAAUGGCCAAACAGGUAGAUGAUGACAUUUCCGUGCUAAUGGUGCCCGGAAACUUUCUGGUCGAUUUUUUCUCUUUCUUGCGGUAUAUUCCCGAUUGGACUGGAGUACCUUUCAAAAAGAAGGCAAAAAUAUUUAAGCAAACGUUGCAAAACGCUUUGAACCGACCUUAUCAGCAAGUAAAAGAACAGAUUGCGGCUGGAAAUGCUUUACCAUCUUUCACUGCAAGCUUGAUCGAGCGGAAGGAAAAUCCGACAGAGGAGGACACUGCUAUUUUCAAAUGGGCCUCUUUCGUCUUUUACACAGCUGGUGCAGAUACUUCAGUCUCGGUGCUCUCAUCGUUCAUGCUGGCGAUGGCCGUCAACCCAACCAAGCAGCGAAAAGCACAGGCGGAGAUUGACCGUGUUAUUGGCUCUGGACGACGUCCGGCAUUCAAGGAUCGACUAGGCCUACCAUACGUUGAGAGCAUUCUCAAAGAAGUCUACAGACUGAAUCCUGUCACCCCAAUUGCGAUUCCUCAUAACCUCAACCCUACUUCCGACGACGAAUAUCGUGGUUGGAGGAUUCCCAAGAAAUCUGUAGUCAUAGCAAACAGCUGGGCUGUCCUGCACGAUGCCGAACUGUAUCCAUCCCCCUUCGAAUUCCUUCCUGAGCGUUAUCACCAGCAGGAAUACCAAAUGAAUCCUGAUCCAAGGAAAUUUGCGUUUGGAUAUGGAAGAAGGGUGUGUCCAGGUCAGUUACUGGCAGAUGACACCGUCUUCAUCUCAAUAGUUACUAUAUUGGCUCUCUUCGACAUUGGACCGCUUACAUCUGGAGAGGAACCUAAAUAUACUCCCCAUUUGAUCAGGUUGGUCCCAAGUUCCUGA